GUCUUGCAUUGAGUUUGGUUUCACGAAAAUACAGACUUACGGCCCAACACAGCUGUUGCAAAGACUUUCUGAUGGUGAGCAGGAAGCCUUUAUUGCAGACUUAGCAUGAUCUUAAGUUACUGUACUCUACAUAGGAAUCAUUCUGGUGACCAGUCUGUACAAGUGAUCUGCGGUCAGUCCUUCUGAAACUUCCUAUACUCAUGUGAAUACGUCAGCCCAGAUUUUUAGAGCUGAGCGUUUGCCUUUGGGUAAGAAGGUGACCUGUUUUACUGGCAAGGAACAGGAACCAAAGCAGUAGAGCAGACUGACCACUGCUACGAAAUUCACAGUAUCUGGAAUAUUCCUCUUUUAUAUGAACACUAGGUGGAGACAAGAUAACAGGAGGGCUUAAUACUUGCUUAUAUUUGGAGGAAAAGCUUUUGCAUUGUAUUUUAGUUGAUAAAGUAAUGGGGUUUUGGAUAACUGAAUGAACAGAUAUGUCCACAAGUUUCUUCAUCGCUGCUUAGAAAGCUGAAGUGUGAAUACAGUAUUCACAUCAAGAUUAAACAUGUUAUAGUUGUGCUCAAGUUUUAUGUUAAACAAGUAGAAAUCAGCGGACACGUUAGAAAAGAUGUUGAGGUUUUAGUUUAGCUUGUGUCUGGACUGUUUUUCAUGUGUUUCACGUGCUUAAGCGGGGUCUGCUUGUGUCAUAAUUGUUAACUGUGAUGCAUGGUAACUUGUGCUGCUGUAAACUUGGGCCUUCUGAGUGAUGAAGGCUGACCACCUAGUGCUCAUGACUCCUGAAGAGUAAAUUUGAGAAACCAUCAUAUUAAGAUGAGUCAGAUACCGGCACAGGAGCUAAAUGGAACAACUUCCGGGAGUCAAGAUCUCGUUCCUUGUGGAACCUGUGGAAGACACUUUGCACAAGAUGUUCUGAUGAGACAUGAGCCCAUUUGCAAGAAAGUCUUCAACAAGAAGCGCAAGCCCUUCAAUUCGUUUAAACAGAGACUGCAGGGAACAGAUAUCGGAACUGUGAAGAGGCAGCCCCCACAAAAGAAUCAGCCAGUGAAGAAAUCUAACUGGAGACAGCACCAUGAGGAUUUUAUAAAUGCCAUUCAAUCAGCCAAAGAAGUCACAAAAGCUAUGCAAGAAGGCCGUCCUCUUCCCCCUCCUCCCCCACCGAGCAUCAAUCCAGACUAUGUUCAGUGUCCAUUCUGCUUGAGAAGAUUCAACGAGGCUGCAGCAGUGAAGCACAUCAAGUUUUGUGAAGAACAAGCUACUCGCCGUGCCUUUGCUGCCAAGGCCACCAAACAACCUAUGGGCAAGCAACCGGUGACUCAGAGAAAAAAGCCAACUGUCUCAACUUCUCUUCAGAAGAGCGUACAAACAGCUGAUAAUGCAGAAGAACCUACUCUGAAGACCCCUCAUGGAACACUGCAAAAAACCAAAAAACCUUUGGGUGCGUCUCCCGGAAAAAAAUCUUCAGGAGAAUUUGGACAGCAGUCACAGACCAGAAGAUAGAGCAGCUGCCUGCCAGGGACGUGUUAAGGUGUUUUGCAGAAACACUAUGGGCCUUAACAGUGCGACCCUCCAGCACCUCUUCCACUUCACAUGCGGCAGCUCAGUAUGCUGUGAUGCAGUGGUAAUAACACAACAGGUACCACCUCCCAUUAAAAAAAAUAAAAAAGGAA